UGAAUUGCGCGAGAAUAAUGACUUGAAAAUCCUUAAUAUCAACUUAAUUAUCAAAAGAAAAUCCUGCAAUAGGAGAUUUCGGAUAAAAUGAUUUAAUUUGAGCAAAACCCACUGAAUAAACCGAACUAAUUGACUCUGAUAAUUCACAGUUGAUAUUCCAUCGUAAAUUUUUCAUAUUUCCCGCACCAGGAGGUACUAAUCCCCCUUCUGUGAUGCGCACAAACUAAAGUAAAUCAUCACUUCACCCUUGUGUAUCUCCUGUCAAUGUUGCAUAUUAAAAAAUGUUCCAAAAAUCAGUGGAACAUUUUAUUCGAUCAAAAUAGUCGCAGUUAUUCAAGAGAAAGGACGAAGAGCCUAGACAAUAAAAUGGAAUUGUUAUCAAAUUCGUAACAAAGUCCUCCGGGGAGCGCCCUAACCUUCAAUCCUUGACUCCAAUCUAUCAAUUAAUUUCUUUUAAGUGAAAAAUCUGUUAAUAUACGAUUUAAAAUGCUGCAAGCGCUUCGGGAGAGGUCACAGAAACGUAAGAAAUUACUAGCACAAACGCUCGGAGUAUCGAGUGUCGACGAACUCCGCCAGAUCCUCGGAACAGACGUGGACAAUUCUCAGCGAAAAAAAUCCCGAACGAGAUCCCUCGACACUGACGACGAAAGAUCGAAGAGCCAAAAGGACGGCAGCCUCCCAGCAGACGAGAUAGUCUACAAGGACUCCUCAACAUUUCUAAAAGGCACCCAGUCAUCAAACCCCCACAACGACUACUGCCAGCACUUCAUCGACACUGGCCAACGGCCCCAGAACUUCAUCAGGGACGUGGGCCUGGCUGACAGGUUCGAAGAGUACCCAAAGCUCCGAGAGCUGAUUAAAUUAAAGGACGAUUUAAUUUCUGACACUGCGACUCCCCCCAUGUACCUCAAGACGAACCUGUCGAGUUACAAUCUCAAGGACCUCAACUGCAAGUUCGACGUGAUCCUCAUAGAGCCGCCCCUGGAGGAGUACCAGAGGACCUGUGGAGUCACGAACGUCGAGCUGUGGAACUGGGACCAGAUAAUGGAGCUAGACAUCGGGGAAGUGGCUGCAAACAGGAGUUUCGUCUUCCUCUGGUGUGGCAGCAGCGAUGGCCUGGACAUGGGGCGCUAUUGCCUGAGGAAAUGGGGGUUCAGGAGGUGCGAGGACAUCUGCUGGAUCAGAACGAACAUCGAUAAUCCUGGACACAGCAAGAAUCUCGACAGCAAGGCUGUCCUUCAGAGGACGAAGGAGCAUUGCUUAAUGGGGAUCAAGGGGACUGUGCGAAGGUCCACUGAUGGGGACUUCAUUCACGCUAAUGUCGAUAUUGAUUUGAUUAUUUCGGAGGAGCCUGAGUAUGGGUCUAUCGAGAAGCCUGUGGAGAUUUUUCAUAUUAUUGAACACUUCUGCCUGGGGAGGAGAAGACUCCAUCUCUUCGGACGUGACAGCACGAUAAGACCGGGCUGGUUGACAGUAGGUCCAGAAUUGACAAACACAAAUUUCAAUACUGAUCUCUACAGCAGUUACUUCGCCACUGGGCAAAUAACAACAGGUUGCACCGAGAGGAUAGAGGCGCUUCGGCCAAAAUCCCCUCCGCCGAAGGGCAAGGUAUCAGGGAGGGGCAGAGGGGCCUUCAACCGAAGUGGAAGAGGCAGAGGAAGGUGAAAUAAUCCUCAACGCAGAGUUUUCUUCCAUUUGUUACGAUCAAUAAUUCAUCCGAGUUCAUUUCCCUUUUUUUCAAUAAACAUUUGGAGUUUGUGUUCUGUUCCACAUCUCAUCUCUCUGUAUUUUUCAAGAACUGAUCUAUUUUUAAGUGACGUGAUACCACACGAAGGAGUUGAAUGAAUGAAUAAAACGUAAAGUUAAUAUUAA